AUGAAGCGUUUUCCAAAUGGAAAUUCCGCUCUCAGGGCGUUUGAAAGUCUAGAGGCAAUGACGGUACCCACCCACGAUGCCGUCGUGGGCGUUGCCUUAUUGUCGAAUACUGGACAAUGUUCACAUCUACGUGGUCGCGCGCGAGGUAACACGCUUGCUGAAGGAUUUCUUCUGAAUGAUGAUGGCGCUGGUCGCUUCUUCAGGUUUGAUUUGGUGGCUGACCCGCUUGAUGUGGCAAACGCUUUCUUGGAUAGCGAUCUUGACAAUGAAGUCUAUGUGAAGAUGCCUCCUGGUAGUCAGGCUAGCGUAACUAAGAUUCUGGCCAGAGUUAUGUCCACGACUACCGAAACUGUCGUUACGAUUUCAACAGACCAGGGCGCAUAG